CUCAAUAUCAGCCCCAACACAGUCAAUCACCACUUCUGGCCGCAGGGGGCGCUGUAUUUCAUAGAAGCUGCUUUGCGCCUCCCUGAUGAUAACACUACAUUUCCCAGCAGCGGUGGCGGCUCGGUGACAUAACGCUGUGAGAGGAAACAUGGCGGCUGUAGGACCUUUAUCCAGGUUGUUCAGACUGAGCUCCAGCAUCUGCAGGAGGAACCAGAGGUUAUUACCCAGCAGGAGCUCACUCAGCCGGGGGAUCGCUACAUGUGUUGACCCUGCUCACGGACUCACAGAGGAACAGAGGGAGUUCCAGAAAGUGGCCUUUGACUUUGCAGCCAAUGAAAUGGCUCCGCACAUGGCAGAGUGGGACCAGAAGGAAAUCUUCCCAGUAGAGACGAUGAGAAAAGCAGCACAGCUGGGGUUUGGGGGGAUCUACGUUCAGCCAGAUGUUGGAGGAUCAGGUCUUUCUCGCCUGGACACGUCAGUCAUCUUCGAGGCUUUAUCCACAGGAUGCGUCAGCACCACAGCGUACAUCAGCAUCCACAACAUGUGCGCCUGGAUGAUUGACACUUUUGGCAACAACGAGCAGAGGGAGAAGUUCUGUCCUGAUCUCUGCUCAAUGGAAAAGUUUGCUUCCUAUUGUCUCACUGAACCAGGCAGCGGCAGUGAUGCUGCUUCACUUCUGACCUCUGCUCAGCGGAAAGGUGACCACUACAUCUUGAACGGCUCCAAGGCUUUCAUCAGCGGAGGAGGAGACACAGACGUUUAUGUUGUGAUAUGCAGAACCGGAGGUAAAGGACCUAAAGGCAUCUCAUGUGUGGUGGUAGAGAAGGGAACUCCAGGCCUCAACUUUGGCAAAAAAGAAAAAAAGGUGGGCUGGAACUCUCAGCCGACCAGAGCGGUGAUAUUUGAGGACUGUGCCGUUCCAGUGAGCAACCGGCUCGGGGCGGAGGGACAAGGCUUCAACAUCGCCAUGAAAGGCCUGAACGGAGGCAGGAUUAAUAUCGCCUCCUGUUCUCUGGGGGCGGCUCAUGCCUGUGUGCAGCUCGCCAGGGAUCACCUGUUGGUACGCAAACAGUUCGGAGAAACACUUUCCAACAACCAGUUUCUUCAGUUCAAACUGGCAGAAAUGGCGACCAAGUUGGUUGCGUCUCGCCUCCUGGUGCGCGAAGCUGCCACGGCGCUGCAGGAGAGCCGAUCCGAUGCCGUUUCUCUCUGCUCCAUGGCCAAGCUCUUUGCUACAGACGAGUGCUUUAAUAUCUGUAACCAGGCGCUUCAGAUGUUUGGCGGGUACGGUUACCUCAAAGACUACGCAGUGCAGCAGUUUGUCCGUGACAUCAGGGUACAUCAGAUCCUGGAGGGAACAAACGAGGUGAUGAGGAUGAUUAUUUCCCGGAACCUUCUGACAGAGUCGUGAUAAAUCUCACUCUCUGGAUCGAGAAGUGACUUCACUAGUGACCACAUCAUUAUGGUCUCCAUCGCUGGUCUGUUACUGUGUGACUUAUUUUCUGAAUUGCUUCCAGCAUCAUAGGUUUUUCUCAAGGGUGAGAAACGUUUUCUAGAAUAUUAGGUUUUUUUGUUUGUUUCAUUUUUAGCUACAGUGAAAAUCAUGAGCCGGUCUCCUCAUUCUAGUCCAGAGUGAAAUAUUUCAGUAAACAUUGUACAGAUAGACUCAUGGUUCAUAGAAUCCAAAUAACUUCUCAUUCAGUGCCAUCUGCAGGGCAAAGUUUCCUCGUGCCCCUCACUUACAGUAAGUGAUGAUUGGAUUUCCAGCUAUUCUGCGAAUAAAUGCUAACGCAACAAUGUUAAACAUUUAGAAUGCUAACAUUAGCAUACAGCUCAAGGCACAGCUGAAUGUAAGUACACCUAGAUCAAGAGAAAGUACAGAGCUGACGAACACAGACAAUGUCGGGCUGAGUAAUGUUCACAACCACUCCACAUGGAAACAAAACAAUAAGUCUGGCACCACCUGCAGAAAAAAAAAAUCAUAGUUUUCUUUAGAUUUUUCAUCCUAAACAUCUAUUUCCUGUCGUUUAGUUUAGUUAAAAAGCUGCUAAAACUGUUGAAAAUAACUUAACACCAACCUAAGUGCUCAUACAUAUAUAUUCUACCUCUGCCAAGGCCAAACUAUCCUUUGUCCAGUUCUUACAGUAGAAACAUAAAAGGACUAAGGAUGAGAUCUGAUAAUCUAAAAUUUUGAUUUUCUAGAUGUUUUUGUCUAAGAACAGCAACAGUGCACCACCACUGCACCAUGUUAUGUGAUGAAUAAAUCAUUUAGACGUAGUUAAAAACACUAAAACUGCCUCUUAAUCCACAUACGCACCAAAAGUGUAUGUGUUCUUCCUACACUUACCCCCACUUCCAAGUUUAGUGGAAAUCCGUUAAGUAGUUUCACCGUAAUCCUGCUGACAAACAAACCAACCAACAACUGACAUCAGUGUAAAGGUAAACUCCUUGGCUGAGGUAAUUAUAUCACAUAUUUACAGUUUGUCACAUGCAACAUCAGUGUCUGUGUCCCUUAAGUGACUUUUCAGAUCUUCUGUUACUGUAUCGUUUGUGUGUGUUUUACUCCAUUGUGGUUUCUGUAGCUGCAGAAAAGCAUGUGGUGUGUAAAGUUGGUAUUUUAUGGGUCGUAUAUUAAAAUGUCACUUUGCAAAUUACACUCCAAAUAAAAUGUUCUGAAUUUUCA